AUGAAUUGUUAUGAUUAUAUCAUAGUUGGUUCUGGAACAGCUGGUAGUAUUGUGGCAAGAAAACUUUCAGAUAAUCCUAAGAACAAAGUAUUAUUGAUCGAGCAAGGUUAUUGGUUAUCAUUGAACCCCAUUGUACAAGAAGCAUCUCAAUGGCUUCUAUUAUUGACUGAUCCUAUGAUAGAACUCGGAUAUGUAUCAGUACCGCAAGUCGGAUUAAACAAUCAUAAAAUAACACAACCGAGAGCUAAAGGUACAGGUGGAUGCAACAGUCAUAAUGCAAUGGCAUUUAUAAUCGGCAAUCGUAAAGACUUCGACGAACGUUGGGGACCUAUUGAUGGAUGGACAUGGAACGAUUUAUCCCCUUAUUGGAAUUAUAUAAAUAAUACAUUUACCCAUACACAAUUAAAUGCAGAUGAUCCAAUGAUGUCUACAUUGUUAAAAAGUGCCGAAGAACUUGGCUAUAAAUAUAAUCCUAAUCCAAAUAAUUUGAAUUCUGCUCAAGGUCAAGGCGGUGUUGCACCAAGAAUUUAUAUGAGUAGAAAAAUAUCCAACAAUUACGCUCAACGAGUAACUAGUUGGAAUACAUACGUCGAACCAGUACUACCACGAGAAAACCUAGAUAUAUUAGUCUUUACGCAUGUUCAUAAAAUAUUAUUCGAUAGAAAUUUGAAAGCAAUCGGUGUCAAAACAUAUAAUGUCGGUAAUAAACAAUAUGAUUAUUAUUACGUUACUAAAGAGAUAAUAUUGUCUGCUGGAGUAUUCGACACACCGAAAUUACUAUUAUUAAGCGGCAUUGGUCCAUGCGAUGAAUUGAAACGUUUCAAUAUUACUUGUUUAUCACAUGUACCAGGCGUUGGAAAAAAUUUACAAGAUCAUACAUUUGUGAGUUUAUGGUCACCACCAUUGCUUAAUCAAAAUAUACCAUUGCCUAGUACUGUACUUGGUGGAUGGGGUGCUGUUGCGAUUGAAGAAAACGGUGAAUAUUAUCAUGUAUUAGGUAUCAGUGAGAGCGAUGGCAAGAAAGCGUUCCAGAUAUUUGUCGAAACAUUUCAAUAUCAAUCUCGCGGUAGUGUCACAUUAAAGGAUAAUGAUCCAUUAUCAAAUCCAGUCAUAAAUCCAAAUUAUUUAUCUAAUUCUUAUGAUGAAAAAAAGCUUUUACAAACAAUUAAAGUUGGUCAGUCGUUUCUCUCUACUAAAAUGAUCAGCAGUUUAACUGAGAAAGAAAUAUAUACCGGAUAUAAUAUGACAGAUGACAAAGAAUUGUUAAAUUGGGCAAAAGAAAAUAUUUCAUCAGAUUUACAUUCAUCAUGUACAUGUAAAAUGGGAAACAAUUUUAACCAUGAUAAUAUGAUCGUAGUAAACAAACGAUUACAAGUACGCAAUACGAAGAAUUUGAGAAUUGCUGAUGCUUCAAUUAUGCCAUCAUUGAUAUCUGGUAAUACAAAUCAAAUUACGAUGAUUAUUGGAUUCAAGGCGGCUGAUAUGAUUAUAGAAGACAAUCGAAAGUUAUAA